CCGCCCGCCAAUCUUGAUGAGAACACAGACCAUGGGUGGAGCGAGGGCUUUGUGGGGCCGGAGGCUUGUCGCCUGGGAAUAUGACGCAAAUUCCUUUAUCGCCAUUCGCCCGUUGACUUUUUCUUCGCCGUCGGCUCGGUCGGAGAUCUUGUCACUCGGCGGCGAAUCGAGUCUUGGCUGAAUAACCAACAUAUCUUCCUGCUGCUUGCGGCUCUAUCCUAUCCUAUUCUCCACCGGCCAUGUGCCGUACCUUCGUUUAGAGUACCUGUCUCGAUCGUUGUUCCAACCCGACACCUACCAACAAGGCCCCAGUCAGAAGCCCCUCAUCGCCAUGACGAACAAGCUCCUGCGGACCUCCGCCCUGGUCCUGUCGCGCCCGCGGCCGGUGAGGACCUACCGCCUCCCUAGCUUAAGCGAUCUCGCCACCAAGCGCGCCGCGCAUACCGGCGCAUUAUCGUCUGUUUUCGCGCCGUCGUCGCAAAGACCCAGGAUACGGCCCGCCCACCACCGGCCGCCCUGGGAGCAGCUGAGCGGCGCGGGCCGCGGGAGGCGGACCAUCUUCAUUCAGAACGAAACGACGCCGAACCCGGACGCGCUCAAGUUCCUGCCGAACCACCAGAUUCUCCCCGAAGGCAUCUCGACACCCUUCAUCGAGUACCUGAACCCGCGGUCGACCAUCGCACCCCCCUACCCGUCGCCGCUUGCGGCGCAGCUCAUGAACGUGGACGGCGUCAUCUCGGUCUUUUACGGCACGGACUUCAUCACCGUGACCAAGGCGCCCGACGCCAACUGGGCCCACAUCCGGCCCGAGGUCUUCUCGCUCAUCACCGAGGCCAUCACGUCCGGGCAAAAGAUCGUCAACGUGGUCGAGCGCGAGGCCGGGGCGGCGCCGGACGCGCAGGAGACAUCCGGGGAGCAGGACAGCCUCAGCUACAACGAAAACGACAGCGAGGUCGUGGGCAUGAUCAAGGAGCUGCUCGAGACCCGCAUCAGGCCCGCGAUCCAGGAGGAUGGAGGCGACAUCGAAUACCGCGGCUUCGAGGACGGCAACGUCCUGCUGAAGCUCCGCGGCGCCUGCCGGACGUGCGACUCGAGCACAGUCACCCUCAAGAACGGGAUCGAGGGCAUGCUCAUGCACUAUAUUGAGGAGGUCAAAGGCGUUAUCCAGAUUCUAGACCCGGAGGAGGAGGUCGCAGCGAAAGAGUUUGCCAAGUUCGAGGAGAAGUUGAAGGCUCAGAAGGGCGAGGUUCCCCCUUCGACGGUCGGGAAGGGAAGCCUGGACACGGUCCCUGGUUAAAAUAACACUCACCGUGCAACCGGGGGACGCGCAUGGCGCUUGGAUAGAUAGAAUGCGUGCUGUGUACGAGAGAAACUGUGCUUUAUUGGCGCCCUGCGGAAAUGGUGAUUCUGGUUUGGACACCACGUGCUGUGGGUUCUCCGCGGCUCGGGGGUCUUUAAGACGGGCAUUGCAGCUCGCACAUUCAUGUGUCAUGCAUUGCGCCUGCAGAAGCCAAUUCAGCCAUAUGGCCGAGCUACUGCAGGGCACCACGAGGAAGCGAGGAAGGGUGGGUUUCGCGUACACCUAGACGCCCAUCCCCAAGCUUUUUUUUUUUUCCCUUUCCUCCUUUCUCAUUUUGCUGGGGGUUUUUUUUUGGUGCUCUCCCAAUGUUUGUUCGUCAAAAUGUCAGCCGUUGUCAAGCUCCUUGGCGGGAAGCUAGGGGCGUGAAUCUAUGAAUCCUCGGAGGGCGCCAAUUGGACAGCGAGUGGGCGCUGACGAGAAUCCGGGGUAAGGCUCCAAAGCGGGAAGAGGGGAUGAGGAUGGAAGAUGGAAACGGAACAAGCGGCGAGAACCAACCGUUAUUCCUACUGCAAUUUUCGCUAUAUUCGGGGUUUAUGCAUUCGCUGUUCUUAUUUUCCUCUUCUCUUUUUAGAGCAGAUUCUUUGGCCUUUGAGGUGAGGUGGCUGGGACACUCGCGAUAUCAGGUGGCGCCCCAGGACAACC